GCACCGCCGCGCGCGCCUCGCGGGCCGCCCGGCGUGGAGCGCGGCGCCAUGGCUGUGUCCUGGAGGAGCUGGCUGGCCAACGAAGGGGUUAAGCACCUCUGUCUGCUCACCUGGCUCUCCCUGAAUGGCCUGCUUUUCUGGAAAACCUUCCUGCUGUAUAACCAAGGGCCUGAGUACCAUUACCUACACCAGAUGUUAGGCCUAGGAUUGUGUCUAAGCAGAGCCUCCGCAUCUGUUCUUAACCUCAACUGCAGCCUCAUCCUUUUGCCCAUGUGUCGAACACUCCUGGCUUACUUUCGGGGAUCCCAGAAGGUUCCAAGCAGGAGAACCAGAAGAUUGCUGGAUAAAAGCAGAACAUUCCAUAUAACUUGUGGUGUUACUAUCUGCAUUUUCUCAGGUGUGCACGUGGCUGCCCAUCUGGUGAAUGCCCUCAACUUCUCAGUGAACUACAAUGAGGAUUUCAUUGAACUGAAUGCAGCAAGAUAUCGAGAUGAGGAUCCCAGAAAACUUCUCUUCACAACUGUUCCUGGCCUGACAGGAGUCUGCAUGGUAAUGGUGCUGUUCCUCAUGGUGACAGCUUCUACCUAUGCCAUAAGAGUUUCUAACUAUGACAUCUUCUGGUACACUCAUAACCUCUUCUUUGUCUUCUACAUGCUGCUGUUGUUGCAUGUGUCGGGAGGGCUGCUGAAGUAUCAAGCUAAUUUAGAUACCCACCCUCCUGGCUGCAUCAACCUUAACAGGACUCCCUCUCAAGACAUUUCCUUACCAGUGCAGCACUCAGAACAUUUGCAUGAACCUGUCUUGGGAGGAUUUUCAAAACCAGAAGUACUUGCUCAAAACAUCUCUGUGAACAUUUGUGUGGAAGAGCCCAGGUUCCAAGCUAAUUUUCCACAGACUUGGCUUUGGAUUUCUGGACCUUUGUGCCUGUACUGUGCUGAAAAACUUUACAGGUGUAUCCGGAGCAAUAAGCCAGUCACGAUCCUCUCAGUCAUAACUCAUCCCUCAGAUGUUCUGGAAAUCCGAAUGUUCAAAGAAAAUUUUAAAGCAAGACCUGGACAGUAUAUCAUCCUACACUGUCCCAGUGUGUCUGCAUUAGAAAAUCAUCCAUUUACCCUCACAAUGUGUCCUACGGAAACAAAAGCAACAUUUGGGGUCCAUCUUAAAAUAGUAGGAGACUGGACAGAACGAUUCCGAGAUUUACUGCUGCCUCCAUCGAGUCAUGACUCUGAGAUUCUGCCCUUCAUUCAAUCCAGAAACUAUCCAAAGCUGUAUAUAGAUGGUCCAUUUGGAAGUCCAUUUGAGGAGUCCCUGAACUAUGAGGUCAGCCUGUGCGUGGCCGGAGGCAUUGGAGUGACUCCCUUUGCGUCGAUACUUAACACCCUGCUGGAUGACUGGAAACCAUACAAACUUAGAAGACUAUACUUUAUUUGGGUUUGCAGAGACAUCCAGUCCUUCUGUUGGUUUGCAGAUUUGCUUUGUGUGUUACAUAACAAGUUCUGGCAAGAGAACAGACCUGACUAUGUCAACAUCCAGCUGUACCUCAGUCAAACAGAUGGAAUGCAGAAGAUAAUUGGAGAAAAAUACCAUGCACUAAAUUCAAGACUUUUUAUUGGGCGUCCUCGGUGGAAACUCCUUUUUAAUGAAAUAGCAAAAUACAACAGAGGGAAAACAGUUGGUGUCUUCUGCUGUGGACCCAAUUCAAUUUCCAAGAUUCUUCAUAAGCUGAGUAACCAAAGCAACUCAUAUGGGACAAGAUUUGAAUAUAAUAAAGAAUCUUUCAGCUGAAAACCUUUGAGAUGAAACAGGUCUCUUUAGAAGGAAUGCGUGCAAUUUCUAGGACUUAAACUCACCAAAGAGUCGCAAGAUUUUAUUAUUUAUGAUUAUUUAAAAUGGAAAAGCAGAGAAUGUGGCCAGAGAACAAGUCACAUUACAUGCUUAAUCUGGAAACCAAAGAGGCCCUGAAGAAUAUUUGAUGUGAUGAUUUUUCAAUACUCAAAAUUAACAAAAAAAUGAUUAGAUUCUCACUGUUGAUUUUUAUAGCAGAUUCAAAAACCUCCAGUGAGGAGCUGCACACCUUCCCUCUGAGACUGACACUCAUAGUUCUCUUUAAAUUGUUUCUGGUUGAACAAAUGUAAGGUAGAACAAAACUUUAAAGAUCAUUCAAACU